AAGUCUAGCUACCCUCGACCCGUCUUUGAAAUAGAAAAGAAGUCUAGCUACCCUCGACCCGUCUUUAAAAGGGAAAAGAAGUCUAGCUACCCUCGACCCGUCUUUGAAAUGGAAAAGAAGUCUAGCUACCCUCGACCCAUCUUUGAAAUGGAAAAGAAGUCUAGCUACCCUCGACCCGUCUUUGAAAUGGAAAAGAAGUCUAGCUACCCUCGACCCGUCUUUGAAAUGGAAAAGAAGUCUAGCUACCCUCGACCCGUCUUUAAAAUGGAAAAGAAGUCUAGCUACCCUCGACCCGUCUUUAAAAUGGAAAAGAAGUCUAGCCACCCUCGACUCGUCUUUAAAAUGGAAAAGAAGUCUAAUUACCCUCGACCCGUCUUUAAAAGGGAAAAGAAGUCUAGCUACCUUCGACCCGUCUUUGAAAUGGAAAAGAAGUCUAGCUACCCUCGACCCGUCUUUGAAAUGGAAAAGAAGUCUAGCUACCCUCGACCC